AUUUAGUCAUGUUGUGUAGUGCGGAAGUGUUGAUGACAGCAGCCAGUUGAGGAGGAACUAUGGACGUGAAAGCGAAGGUUAUAUCGUCUUUAAGGAAACACGACAUUGGAGACGAGUUUUCGUAUUUAUCUGGCUUUCCGAAAGCUUCAGUACUGAUCCCGCUUUUCCUGAGAGAGGGCCGGGUGCACGUGCUCCUGACUGUGCGCUCCACGGAACUCAAACACAACCCUGGAGAGGUGUGUUUUCCAGGGGGGAAAGCCGAUCCACACGAUCGGGAUGAAAUUGACACAGCGCUGAGGGAGGCAUUGGAGGAGAUCAGCCUUCCUCCUGAUGGAGUAGAAGUGGUUUGCAGAUUCUGUCCACUGUUCAAUAAGAGUGGCCUUCUGGUGACCCCGGUGGUGGCUUUUAUCAGCGACUCCUUCCAAGCGAGCUCAAACCCUGAUGAAGUGAGUGACGUGUUCUCCGUGCCUUUGGAUUUCUUUCUGAAGGAGACCGAUCACUCGGGUUAUCUUUUACCCAGCACAAAGAGCUAUGUACACAGUUUCAUCUACACUGACCCUAUCACGGGCAAGAUCCACCAGAUCUGGGGACUAACAGCCUUCCUGCUCAUCCUCCUGGCUGUUCUUACUUUUGAAAAGAAGCCCGCGUUUGAAAUGGGUUUUGAUUUGGAGAAUCCGGUCGCCAGCUUUCGUGAACACCUUCAACACAGGUUAAGCAAGUUAUGACUAAUUUCAUUUGUAGGAUGUAGAGGUGCAACUUCUUCCUAAAAUGGGAACAGGAAACUAUGAUUUCCUAGAUUUUAUUAUUUUUUUUUUUUUUACUAAAUUCAUUCAUUCACCUGCAGUACUUGAUUUAUUCUGGUCAGGGUUGUAUCCAGAGUCUAUCCCAUGAUUCACACACACAUUCACAUCUAUGCACAAUGAGUAGCAAAGCAAAUCCUCCUAGAAAUGUGCAGGUUUUUGGAAGGUAAGAAGAAACCAGGGAGCCUGAAGAAACCAACAUGGUUGUGGUGAUAGCAUGCAUGAAGGCAAAAUUCGAAAUCACAAUCAAACCUUGGACCCUGGAGCUGCGAGGUGACUCUGCACUGUGCCCAGGGGCAGCGACCUACAAACAGAUUUAAACACAGGAAUCAAAUAAAAGAUUCAAAUCAGACCUAGACUCUUUUAGAAAACACUUUUCUUCAUUCGCAUGAACAUCACCUUCACUGUGAACUCAUUUCUUCUCUUUAAUUGUCAUGACAGAUUUUGGAUAUUGAACUCAAGUUUGUAUUUUGUCCAAAAAACUUUCUUAAAAUAUUCCAUUGUCUUUACUAACUGUGAGUUCAAGCGAAGCUUAUCUUUAAGUUGAGUUAACUUGUUUUUUAGACAGCAAGUAGACUUUCCUUUCUAAGUUUAAUCGUCUUGAAAUGUCUUUCAGUGUUGGCUGCAGAAAACGACUAAAUAGAUUUUCACCUUAAAUAUACUUAUAUUGAAUAUCAUAGAUGUAUUGUAUUAGAAGUGUUAAAAAUGACUUGAAUCUAACUUAUUACAAAAACUUGUACACUAUUAAAUGAAGUAGCAAUUUAUUGCUAAUAUCAGGGCAUAUUAUAAAUUCUGCACUUUUAUUAAUACUAAAGCAUUAUGUGAAUGUGAUAAUGGGAAAUAAAAUGAAAUGCCAAGUAAAGCACAUGUAUUUGUAACUCAUAUUCUCAUGAAGGACCGUGACGACUAAAUAAAUGAUGUAUGUCAG